AUGGCUUUCCGUCGCUCGCACGUCGUUGGUCUGGUUCUAUUUGCUCUUGUCCUUCUUAGUCAAAGAGCUUCAGUAAGCCAAAGCACGGACUUCAGUGAAGGGCUGCAUCCGAACAAAAGCGACCCAGGCCAACCAAAAGGACAAUGCAUAAAUGUCCCUUGCAUUUGCACGAGAGAAUACAUACCCGUCUGCUAUAAAGGGCAAAACUACGGCAACCCAUGUGAAGCCAGAUGUGCCGGGGCACGUGACUCAGAGCUGGUCCAUGGACAAUGUAAGAACUUUUCUAGCUGUGUAUGCCCGAGAAUAUUGGACCCUGUCUGCCUCGAUGGUGUUACCUAUAGUAAUCGUUGCAUAGCCGAAUGCGCAAUGGCUACUGUUGGGCGGUUUGCCGUGGGUGCCUGCGACGCAUUAUACUUUGACAACAGACACUGAACUCUGCAGUUGAUCACCCUUCGUAGUUCCUCAACGACAUCUUCUAGGGAUAAAAGUAACUAACUCAUAAAAGUCAAGGGCAUUAAAAGUAAAUUAACGCUACAAAAAAAUACCACAAAAAUAUUAACAGAUGAAUCAUGUAAGGUUUACAUUUGUUCAAGAUAACUGUUUGAAAUAAACAUUCUUAUCCACAAUUCAUCCCACUCCAUGUCCCGAUU